GAGAGGCAACACGGCGCAAACCGACUGCGGCGGGUCCUGGCGGCGUGCCACGUGACUUGGAGGCGCGGCCAAUCAGCGCAGCUCUCUGCGCUAUUCAAAUCAGCGGCGCGGCCGACGGUUGUGCCUAGCCACGCCGCGGUCGGGCACCGAGCCCCCGUGCCGCCUAACGCCGCCAUGCACUACGCCGGCCGCUGACAGACCUCGGGGCCCGCCGGGCGGAAUGGAGAGUCGGACUGUGCCUCCCGGGCCUUAUCGGGCCACCAAACUGUGGAAUGAAAUUACCACAUCUUUUCGAGCAGGAAUGCCUCUACGAAAACACAGGCAACACUUUAAAAAAUAUGGCAAUUGUUUUACAGCAGAAGAAGCAGUGGAUUGGCUUUAUGACCUAUUAAGAAAUAAUAACAAUUUUGGUCCUGAAGUUACAAGGCAACAGACUCUCCAACUGCUGAGGAAAUUUCUUAAGAAUCAUAUAAUUGAAGAUAUCAAAGGCAGAUGGGGAUCAGAAAAUCUUGAUGACAACAGUCAGCUAUUCAGAUUUCCUGCAAAUUCUCCGCUUAAAAGUCUUCCACGAAGGCAUCCAGAAUUGAGAAAAAACAGCAUAGAAAACUUUUCCAAAGAUAAAGAUAGCAUUUUUAAAUUACGAAAUUUAUCUCGUAGAACUCCUAAAAAACUUGGAUUACAUUUCUCUCAGGAAAAUAUAGAGAAAAUGAAUCAUGAAACAAUCAGUGAAGAUCAAGAAAACUCCAUUGAUAAUAGAGAAAGAAGCCAGAAAGAUGUUGAAGAAGUUUGGAGAUACAUUAUUCUGAUCUACCUGCAAACCAUUUUAGGUGUGCCAUCUCUAGAAGAACUCAUAAAUCCAAAGCAAGUAGUUCCUCAAUACGUAAUGUACAACAUGACCAAUACAAGUAAACAUGGAAUAGUUAUACUACAAGACAAAUCAGAUGACCUUCCUCAUUGGGUAUUAUCUGCCAUGAAGUGCCUAGCAAAUUGGUCAAGGAGUAAUGAUAUGAAUAAUCCAACUUAUGUUGGAUUUGAACGAGAUGUAUUUAGAACAAUAGCAGAUUAUUUUCUAGAUCUCCCUGAACCUCUGCUUACCUUUGAAUAUUAUGAAUUAUUUGUAAGCAUUUUAGUUGUUUGUGGCUACGUCACAGUUUCAGAUAGACCCAGUGGGAUACAUAAAAUCCAAGAUGAUCCACAGUCUUCAAAAAUCCUUCGCUUAAACAAUUUGAAUUCCUUCAAAUCAACUGAGUGUCUUCUUCUCAGUCUGCUUCAUAAAGACAAAAACAAAGAAGAAUCAGAUACUACUAAGAGACUGCAGAUAAGUGAUCAAGGAUUUCAAGAAAAAUGUGCUAAGAAAAUGCAGCUAGUUAAUUUGAAAAAUAGAAGAGCCAGUGCUAAUGACAUAAUGGGAGGAAGCUGUCAUAAUUUAAUAGGCUUAGGUAGUAUGCAUGUUCUAUCCUCUAACAUCAAACCAAGGUGCUAUUCUUUAGAAGGAAUUAUAGACUUACCAGGGAGUUCAAGUAAAGAGGUCUUCAAUGUCUUCCAUCAAUCUGUUCUGAAUAAAGAAGGACAAAAUAAUCAGUUUUUAGAGUCUAAGACCAAACAGGAAUCCCUAAUGAAUCUUCAUUCAGAGGAAAGUAAUCAAAAGUCACUCUGUGCUGGUUUUAAGAGAACCUCUACUUUGACUGUUCAAGACCAAGAGGAGUUAUGUAAUGGGAAAUGCAAGUCAAAACAGCUUUGUAGAUCUCAGAGUUUACUUUUAAGAAGUAGUACAAGAAGGAAUAGUUAUAUCAAUAUGCCAGUGGCUGAAAUUAUCAUGAAACCAAAUCUUGGACAAGGCAGCACAAGUGUGCAAACAGCUAUGGAAAGUGAACUUGGAGAGUCUAGUACCACAAUCAAUAAAAGAUUCUGCAAAAGUACAAUAGAACUUUCAGAAAAUUCUUUACCUCCAGCUUCUUCUGUGUUGACUGGCACACAAAGUUUGCUGCAACCUCAUUUAGAGAGGGUUGCCAUCGAUGCACUACAGUUAUGUUGUUUGUUACUUCCCCCACCAAAUCGUAGAAAGCUUCAACUUUUAAUGCGCAUGAUUUCCCGAAUGAGUCAAAAUGUUGAUAUGCCCCAACUUCAUGAUGCAAUGGGUACAAGAUCACUGAUGAUACACACUUUUUCUCGGUGUGUGCUAUGCUGUGCUGAAGAAGUGGAUCUUGAUGAGCUUCUUGCUGCAAGAUUAGUUUCUUUCUUAAUGGAUCAUCACCAGGAAAUUCUUCAAGUACCCUCUUACUUACAGACUGCAGUGGAUAAACAUCUUGACUACUUAAAAAAGGGCUAUAUUAAAAAUCCUGGAGAUGGACUGAUUGUUCCUUUGCCAACGUAUUCAUACUGUAAGCAAAUUAGUGCUCAGGAGUUUGAUGAACAAAAAGUCUCUACCUCACAAGCUGCAAUUGCAGAACUUUUAGAGAAUAUUAUUAAAAACAAGAGUUUGCCUCUAAAGGAGAAAAGGAAAAAACUAAAACAGUUUCAGAAGGAAUAUCCCUUGAUAUAUCAGAAAAGAUUUCCAACCACGGAAAGUGAAGCAGUACUUUUUGGUGACAAACCUACAAUCAAACAACCAAUGCUAAUUUUAAAAAAACCAAAGUUUCGUAGUCUAAGAUACUAACUGAAUUAGAAAUUACAAUGUAACACCUGUGGAACUUUGGUAAAUGAAGCCGUAUCUAAGAAUCUAACUUCUAAAAAAGUCUAUGUAUUAAUAAGGUUUUUCUAAAUAAAACACAUAUGUAAAGAGAUACCAAAGUAAUUUUUUAUCAGUGUAAGACUGCUAAGAAACUAAUAAGUCUCAAUUGAGAGGAAAUAACAAAAGUACCAGAUACUUCAACCAGAAACAAUCUUUUUUUUUUUUAACAUGACACCUGCAAACGCUAUUAUGGUGUGUGCUAAAAUUUUACUUACUUGAAUUUUGAAAACUGGUAUGUUUAUCACAAUUAAGCUGUAAUUCUGUUUUAAAAGAAAUUAACUUUAUCUGUACAUGUGCUUAUGAAUAUUAGCUAAAGUACUAGUUGUUUAGGGGUACUCUUAUUUUUAAGUAUAAGAAUGUGAAGAAUAUUGGAAAACUCAGUGAAUUCUCUGCUAAAUGUUGCACUGUUUUGUAUAUUUUUUCUACUUUUGAUCUAUUUAUAUAUGUAUGUGUUUUUAAAAUAUGUACAUGUAAGUCUUCAGUUUGCUUUAAACAUUUAUUGUCACUGCUUCAAUCGUUCAAUUUUUCAAUAAAUAUCUUUUGCAUUCUUAUGUUCAUGUAUAUACUAGAAGAUAGUGGUGUAAAAGAAGUAUAAGGCAAUCAUGCAUUCAUUCAAAAGAUUUAUUUAGCAACUACUAAGUGCCUUUUACUAUUCCAGAUAUGGAGAGACAAUGAUGAAUAAAAUAGAAAAUCUCUUCCUUUAUUUAUUUUCUAAUAAAGGGAGAUACACCUAUCAGAUACUUAAAAUAACAGUAUAUCCCCUGAUAAUCAAGUCAUGGGGCAUCCUUCAGCUGAAGACUGACCUCCUUAGUUAUGCAAGAGUUCUCUAAGCUAGUGUUCAAACUGUUGCAUAUUAGAAUCACCUGGAAAGUUUUAAAAUAAUACAUGUUCAAGCCCUACCUUAUAUCAAUAGGGAUCAGUAUUUUUCAAACUCUCAAGGCAAUUCCAAUAUUCAACCAACUUUAAGAAUCAGUCCCUAAACCCUUUUUAUAAGUAUUUAAGUAAAUGCCAAGCUGGUGGCACACACAUUAUUACUUCAUUGGAAGAAAAUGCAAAUUAUAAAUGCUUCUCAUCUUAAUACAAGGUCAUUCAUAUUUAUGCUUUACUAAGUACAAACUUGAAGCAGUUUUUCUUCCAUAUUUUACUCCAAAAUUGUUUCAUAUCUAUUCUUUAUGUGUAAAGAUAAAUACAUAAUGUCUGAGAUGUAAUAGACACUUAUUAUUCAAUAACUUGAUUUCUCAAUGUAAUGUACUAUAAAAUGACAACGUUUCAUUUGAAAUUACUAUUUUUUAUUAAAAACCUGGACAGAAAAUGAUAACUGUAUCUUUUACCCUUAGCUAUAAAAUUAUAAGACCAAAUUAGAUCUUUUCCCAAGGUUUCUGUAUGCUAAAACUUUUCCUCUUUAAAGAUGUCUAGUAGGGGCUCCUGUGUUUUCUCAAUCAGUUAAGGGUCCAACUCUUGAUUUUGACUCAGGUCAUGAUUUCAGGGCUGUGAGAUCUACACCCACUUCAGGCUCUGCAAUGGGUGUGAGGCCUGCUUGAGAUGCUCUCUCUGCAUCUCCCUCUGCUCCUCCACUGCCUUGCACUGUCCUCUCUCUCUCAAAUAAAUAAAUAAGAUCUUUUUUAAAAAGAUGUGUAAUAAUGUGAAUUCUGUUACAUAUUGAGAUACAAAUUAUUGUGGGUUUUGUAACGAUUUUGUUUUUGUAUUUUUUGAUAUUAAGUAUGUAAAUAUUAUAAAGACAUAGUAAACUUUCAUCUGCAGUAGUGUGCAUGCAAUUGAGAUUACAAAAUUGUAACAAUUUAAUAACAUGAAUUGUGAAGUCAGGUUUGAAUUUUACUGUGUUAUUUACUAUGUAACCUCAGACAAAUUACUUAACUGUUCUAAGUUCUACUUUCCUUAUCUAUGCAAUAAAGAUUGUAAUAGUAUCUCUCUUUUAGGAUUGUUGUGAGAAUUAAAUAGGAUAAUGCAUGUAAGUGUUUAGCACAGUGUCUAGUCUAAAAACAGCACUCUAUAAAUACUAACAAUUAUUAUUAGAAUUACCUCGAAUUAUAGCACUACAAGAGAUCUUAGCAAAAACAUAGUCCUGUGUCUUCUCAGUUUCUUUAGGCAGGUAUGAACCAAACAACUAUUGAUUCUUAUUAAACUGCUGCUUAGUGAUGAGAUGAAAGUUCUGAUUGUACACACUGGUUGAAAAAUUUUAACCUAGUAUGAAGGUUAAAUUUGAUGAAGUGUGAAUAUCUUCAGAAGCAAUAUUCUUGAGUAUAUAAAAACAUGGACAGCAGUACACAGUAGAGGGCUUAGCCUUCUGCUAGAGCAUGGACAGAUUGUAUACUUUCGAUACUGUCGGAAAAAAGAGUAUUUAAGUUCAAAUAUAGAUAGGUCGAUUGGUUGAUUUGAUGUUGAUGGCUUAUAGAAAUUCUCUUCUAAAUGCUUUUAGUUUCUUAGGAAAUAAAAAAGUCAACUGCAAAGAGUAAAGCAGGAUGGGGAUGAUGAUACAGAGGUUAUACCAAAUCAAAUGAUGUCUGGUUAUUUUAUUAGCAGUAGCUUCUGCUAAUGGUUGUGUUAUAAUGAUCCACUCUGCCCACAUAUUGUCCAGACAGUUAUGUAACAUUCAGAAGUGGAAAGUAUAUGACAUUUCCUACUGACUACAUUCUGUCCUUGGGAAACUUAAACUCUGAGUUUCUUCAUCUAUAAAGUUUGAAUAAUAACGUACACCUAACCAAGCAGCUUUGGUAAUCAAAACAGGCAGUAUAUUUAAAUCUUGAACUGAGCCAAGCCCAUGUUCAAUUUCUCAGUCCUUUCCUCUUUCCUUAUAUUGAGCUUAACAAGAUCUCUGCUAAUUAAAACUCCUUUCCCACCAAAUCUCUGCCUUUGCAUUUCACAAUAUGUUUCUAUUCUAUCAAUGGUAAUAAUUUUGACCUCAUAUUUA